CCGGGACGGAGCCGCGCGGAGCCCCGAACGCCUGGGUCCCCAGCAUGAUCCUCGACUUAGGCAUUCCCCAUUCUGAUUGCCCUGAACAUGCUUCCUCCUUCAAAAGAGAAGCAGGAGAUGCCUGGGAAGCCUGAGCCGAGCGGGGCCCCUCCCUCUGCUUCACCCGACCCCCAUCAUGCAGCCCCACCUCGACCUCAAGCAGAUCUUGCCCUUCCCUAUGGAGCCAGCCCCCGCCCUGAGCCUCUUCAGCAACUUCGGCACGAUGGAUCCCGUGCAGAAGGCUGUGCUGUCCCACACCUUUGGGGGACCUCUGCUCAAGACCAAGCGGCCAAUCAUUUCCUGUAACGUCUGUCAGAUCCGAUUUAAUUCCCAGAGCCAGGCAGAGGCACACUACAAGGGCAACCGACAUGCCCGACGUGUCAAGGGCAUUGAGGCCGCCAAGACCCGGGGCAAAGAGCCUGGCGUCAAGGAACCUGGAGACUCAGCACCAUCAGGCAACAGCCCUCCCAGUGAGGAUGGAGGGGCCCUUCGUCCAGCUGUGGUGGAAAAUGGGCUGGGCCUACCCCCCAGAUCCCCUGAGAAGCAACCUGGUGUCCCCUCCCCACCCAAUGUCCCAGAAACUGGACGGGGAGGGGCCAAGGGUGAGGGAAGGACUCCAGCACCAGCCCCACUGCCAGGGGGUAGCAAGGAGGAGGAAGAAAAGGCCAAGAGGCUGCUAUACUGUGCUCUGUGCAAGGUGGCUGUGAACUCCUUGUCCCAGCUUGAGGCGCAUAACAAAGGUACCAAGCACAAGACAAUCCUGGAGGCACGUAGUGGGCUGGGCCCCAUCAAAGCGUACCCCAGGCUGGGCCCCCCCACCCCUGGGGAACCUGAGGCCCCUUCCCAGGACCGGACCUUCCACUGUGAAAUCUGCAAUGUCAAGGUCAAUUCUGAGAUCCAGUUAAAACAGCACAUCUCCAGCCGGCGGCACCGGGACGGCAUGGCCGGCAAACCUAACCCCCUGCUGAGCCGCCACAAGAAGCCACGAGGCGUUGGGGAACUGGCGGGCACGCUGACUUUCUCAAAGGAGCUACCUAAGUCCUUGGCCGGAGGUCUUCUCCCCAGCCCCCUGGCGGUGGCCGCAGUGAUGGCGGCAGCGGCUGGCUCCCCGUUGUCCCUGCGCCCAGCCCCGGCUGCGCCGCUCCUCCAGGGCCCCCCUCUCACUCACCCCUUGCUCCACCCGGCCCCUGGGCCCAUCCGAACUGCGCACGGACCCAUCCUUUUCUCUCCCUACUGACCCCAACCCUGAACCCCCAACCUCCCCCCCAUUCCUAUUGGGACCCAGGCUCUGGGCCCCCCCAAGCCCACCCCCUCCUGGCUUUUCCUGGGAAGGGGUCUCUCUUCCCUCCCCCAGACCACCUCGAGGUACGGGGUUCCAGGAAUGGGAAGGGGGAAGCGGGGGAGGGGGGCUUCAGAAGGGGGGCACCCCAGAUCUCAGGGAACCCCACCCCUGCCCCUCCCUCUCCCUCAUAAAAGGGGGGCAUCUCAUCCCUAGCCCUUUUGGAGAUUACCCCUCUCCCAAAAGCCAUGUCCAUCCAGUCCCUACCCCCAAACCUAGCACAAAAACGGGGUUCACAAGCCAUGUCCAGGGUCGGGGUCAGGGGUGAGGGUCAGGACGGAUUUUCUUGGCAAUAAUCGGACUCUGGGACUCCGGAUCCCAUACCCCCAAACCGAAGCGCUUCCGUGAACAUCCCCAUGGGGGGGACAGGUGGGAUCCGGGGUCCCUCAUAAGCACUUUGGCAUUUUGGCCUGCAGCCUCACUGUGUCCACCUGGCCCAUCCUUCACCCUACCCCCACACCUGUUCCAACCCAUACUGGGGGCAGUAUUUGUGGGGGGUGGACACAUCCGGUGACACCCCCUCCGGCCUCCCCCUUUACACACACCCAAUCCCUAGCCUGUACUCUCUCCUCCAGCCCGGGUUUCCACUGUCUUCUCACCAGCACCCAUGGUCCAUGGGGGUACUGAGGGGGGCAGGGGGUGUCCGUCCAAUCCGAAUCCACCCCGGCCCUGCCUUCCGCAAAACUGUGAGCGAGCAAAAAGCAAUAGAAGCCCCUUCCCCCUGCUCCCCCGCCGAAGGAUUCGCACCCAGAGCUGUAGCCCUGCUCCCUGACCCCUAGCCCAAUUACCUCACUCCCCUCCCCACCAGCUCCCUCAACUGCACAACUUGGGCGGGGGCGGGGCCUCUGUGUUUCUCUGUCCUCGGUGUUGUCUAAUUCCUGCAGUCCUGGGGAGGCGGCCCCCCAUCUGCACCACCACCAUCACCUGU